GGAAAUUAAAAAAUAAUAGCCGAAAAAAUCUAGAGAAGGCUAUAAAUAUCCGAAGACGGGUCUCAAAGUAAGGAUUUCUCGGAUUCUAUUAUCUCUGUGGUUACCAAACAACAAUCUCUCUAUUUCUUCUUUAUUUAUAACGCUCUGUACAACGGCGUACCGCAUAUAAUUACUUCCUCGCAAAGUAAAGUUGAAAUCUCUAUACCAACAAGGAAAAGGAAAAAGGCGAUUAGGGUUCCGCAACCGGCGAAGCGCACACUCAAGUUUUUCAAUUUUGCGGCAGAAAGUUCACAGUUCGUUCUCGUCCUCGCAGGUCGAUCGAGACAGAAAUACGUUAAAUGGCAUUCAUGGAUCUAUUUCCGACUGUGGAUUCUAUGGACGAUUCAUCCAGGAAAAGGAAGUUUAGGAGGAGGAACGCCUCUGAGAGUGUAGCAGAGACAUUGGCAAAGUGGAAGCAGUAUAAUGAAAAACUUAAUUCUGUAGAUGGCAAACCCCGUCGUAAAGCUCCUGCAAAGGGAUCUAAGAAGGGAUGUAUGAAAGGAAAAGGAGGUCCUGAAAAUGGUCGUUGCAAUUACAGAGGUGUUAGGCAAAGGACUUGGGGUAAAUGGGUUGCCGAAAUUCGGGAGCCAAAUAGAGGUAACAGGCUCUGGUUGGGUACUUUUGGGACAGCUCUUGAAGCUGCUCUUGCAUAUGAUGAAGCUGCCAGAUCAAUGUAUGGGCCAUCUGCUCGUCUCAAUCUCCCCGACUAUAGAUCAUCCUCUGUUGAAUCGUCCUCUUUGCCUACUACAUCAGCAUGUGAGUCUGCAACUUCCAGCCUCUCAGAGGUUUGUCAGCCUACGCCUGCAGAUAGAGAGAUCGAACCUGUUCUCAAUCUGAAGGCAGAGGAUGGGGAAAGGCAGUCAGUAGAUGCGUCACGUCUGGAUUUUUGUCCUCCAGCUGCCACAGACCAGUCAACAGAUCAGCAAAUGGAAAAAUUCUUCCCACAGUUGGAUACUGGUGUGUCAGAUGGAAUGGACAGACCAAAGAAUCAGCCAAUGGAAGAAUUGUUACUGCAGUUUGAUACUGCUGUUAGGAACGAACCAAAGAAUGAGCAAAAGGAAGGAUUGUCUCCGGCCACCAGGCCUGAGGAGCCAGCUAUUAAGAAUGAAAUAUCUGAGUGUGGACAAGAUCUUUCAGACUAUUUUGGUAUGGAUGAAUUUUUUGAUGUGGAUGAAAUGAUGCGCCUUUUAGAGGAGCCUACCAAUGGUUCGGAUGAAGUGCUUGGUAAUGAUGGCAUUCAGUCCGUAAAUACUGAUAUGGCUAGCUUGCCGUACCAAGUAAGCUUGGAUGCUGGAGAUCCUGGAAGAGUGCAGGCUAUUGAUCAAGCACCUCAAGGGGAGGAUAAUGGUCUAAAUUUCUUGGACCCUGGCGCUCAGGAUGAUGCGGGGUUUGCUUUGAAUGAUUUUGGUUUUAUUGGUAUGGAUACCGACUUUGGCUUCUGAGACGCCCUGGUCUGAUGUGUGGUUGGAUGACGGGAAAUAGCUAUUAGUUUUGUAGUGAUCUUUGAAGGGAAGGGUUUGAGUUAAAUACUUUCAGUUUAGAUAUCUUAUGGAAGACAUGGAAGUUGAAACCAUGGUGGUUAUGUUAUUUGCUAACAUUUCUUUAACCAACUAGCUGCAGACAAUUCUCUUUAAGUUUUCAGUAGGAGGAUUGUGCCAAUGGUGUAGGCUGUAGGAAAAAAUUCUUUGAUGUACAUAUGGAGCUUUUUGCGCUUCUGAGAGGAAUGUCAUUCUGUACAUAUGCGCGUUUUUUGUGUGUUUACUUUUAGGUUCAGUUUUCCCUCUGCUUCCUUCUAUGUGUGUUUCCUUUUAGGUUCUGUUUUCCCUCCGCUUA